AUGUCUUCGAACAGUGUAAGCUCUGAAGAUAACGUAUCGCCACCGCGUGGCGCAAAAAAGAAGAUGACAUGGAAAGAACUCGUAAAAGAGCAAGCCGACAAGGAUAACUUGAAGGGUGCUACAUGUGCAGUCUACUCGGAGAAUGGGGAUGAUACAGUUAAUAAGGAAACUCAAUGCAUUUGUGGUCGUUUAGCUAGACAACAUAGUUUCAUUGGUCAACCAAAAACUAAAUUUAGAAAUGCUCAAAGAUGGAUACCACAGCUUGCCAUUGAAGUGGAUGUGACUCACUAUGGACAAUUAGAAAAUGGUGCUCGAUUUAUUCGAUGUGAUACAGAAAAUGAUACAUUUAAAACGCUUGUCGAGAUUAUUGUCAAAGAUGUGAGUACCGAACCCAAAUUACUUGUUAGUUGCUAUGGUGGAGCGGGAUAUUUUACCAUGACUGAUGAUCUAGAAAGAGAGUUUAUGAGUGGUAUUGGUCAAGUGGCAGCUACAAAAGAUGUAUGGAUACUAACAACUGGCUUGAAUAGUGGUGUAUCUGGUCUUAUUGCUGAAGGUGUUCAUCGCAACAUAUUGUUAAGUGAGGAUAUAUGGAAGCCGAUUGUAAUUGGAAUGAGUCACUGGGGAACUAUUUCAGAAGGCACACGACAAUAUCUCAAGAAGCAGGCUUUAGAAAGUCAAUCAACGACUUCUCAAGAUUCAGUACCAUCUUUGGAUGAGAAUGACACAAAAGCACUUGAUAAAUAUCACACUCAUUUUCUUCUGCUCGAUGAUGGCCGUCUUAAUCAUUAUCUUAAUGAUGAUCCUCGUUCUGAGUUUGUCAAAGCAACGUGCGGUCAAACACACUGUCAUGCUGUAACGAUCAUUGUGGAAGGUGGUCUGAAUACACUCGAAGUGAUUCAAAAUGAUUUGAAUGCUCAGAGACCGAUAGUAAUUGUUCAUGGAAGUGGUCGCUUAGCUACUGUUCUUGGUAAUCUGCUUGAAAAGGCAGGAAAAACAGCUACCAUUACGUAA